GUGCAGCCGAGUGGGAACAGAACAGCAGACAACGAGUACGACUACGAAUGCUGACAGAACCUCAGGACUACGUCGAUUUCCCGUCACAGUGUCAUUUACCAAUUGCAAAAAAUUUUCUCCGAGCUUUCGAAGAAGCCAGUAUUGCAACCGAUACUUCCAUCGACGAAAACGUUCGCGUACGUGCAGUGCAGUGGUGAAUUGUGAUCUUGGUGUAAUUCAAAACGUGCCUAGGUGUGACUGCGCAGACGCAAUGUAGACUAGAAGAAUCGUGUAACUCGAAAAAAAUGUUUCCAGCUCCGAAAAGGUACCUCUAGCAAUGUGAUAUAAAUAAUAAGAGAAGUUAGAAUAUUUAACUAUGACGGACGUUAAACAAAUGGAGAUUUCUCAAUCUCAACCCCAACAACAACAGCAACAACCUCAACAGCAACAGAUGAUGAUCGUGACGCACGAAAUGCAACAACAAAACGUACAACAACAACAGCAGCAGCAACAUGUUCAACAGCAACAGGUCCAACAACAACAUCAGGUUCAGCAACAAGUUCAACAACAACAGCAAACCCAACAAGUGCAGCAACAGCAACAAGUGCAGCAACAGGUACACCAGCAGCAGCAAGUCCAGCAACAACAGCAACAAAUGCAGGUACAGCAACAGCAAGUUCAACAGCAGCAGCAAAUGCAAGUUCAGCAGCAGCAGCAAAACCAACAACAACAACAACAGGCAAAUGGACAACACAAUGUCGUGCCCACGCAGGUUCAAGUUCAACCCCAAGUUGCAGCGAUCAUGCCCCAACAACAGCAACAGCAGCAAGCUGUUUCGAUGACUCUCUCUGGCCAGCAGGGUGGAACAACAAUUACAACAAUGGCUGCUCAUCCACAGGCAGUUCAAGUCAUUCAGCAACCCCUCCAAAGUCAGGCAUACCACUUGCAACAACUUUACAACACCCAAGGGACGCCUUUAAUCAUGCCAGGAAAUUUAGCGCUUCAUCCUGCUGGUAUUAAUCCAUCAUCUAUCCAGGUUAUAACAGCUGGUAAACCCUUCCAAACGGGAACUCAGUUAACUCCUCACAUGUUAACAACCGCCUCAAAUCCUGGCCAGGGUGGUGGCCAUCCCGGCACGCAAGGAGCCAAGGUCCAAGGAUUCCUAACCGGAUAUCUACCCGUACCUACUUCCACAAACCCAGGCGGUGGACAAACAGUCGUAUUUGGUCACCAUGGCGUCCUAGGAUCGCCGCAACCUCCGUCCAUGCAACAACAGCAGCAACAACAAUCGAACAAUAAGCAGGAUCAAGUACAAAAAUACACCACUUGCACAGCGGGAACGCAGUCUGGUGGAAGAGGUGGCAGCAUGCAAUUCGCACCCUGGCAGUUUGCACCGCAAGUUGCUUGGGCGGGAUUGCAACCUCAGACUCUCUUGACUGCAGCUCCGAACCAAAUAUUUAUCAGAGGCCCCACGCAGCAGGAUAUGUACAUUCAAAGUCCACAGCCGAUCCAAGCACACAAUGCUUUGGCCACUCAGCAGCAAAUUCAAGGUAUGCAGCAAAUCGCUAAUGCAGGUGGAAAGCCGAGGGUGAUGGACAUCCAGCAGCAGCAACAACAGCAGGGAAAACAGAGCUCGGUCGGACAGCGACCACUGAGUAUUCUACCUUCCUCGUUGCAAGGAGUGCAAGGUGCCAAUAUUCGUCCAGCGAGUUCCGUUUCGACCCAGACUGUUCAUGGUGUACAGACCACGGUACUUAGCAAAGGAGGUGGCGGUGCUGGUAAAGGCCGUGGUAAGCCAGUGGUUCGCACAAGUCCCGGUCCAAAUGCUACCACAGCAACGUCAAAAACAGAUGCAGCAAAUCAAACUAAAUCCAAUGUACAUCAUGCUACCAUGAUAAUGCAACAGCAACCCGCAGUGAGCAAUAGUGGCAACAAUAACAAAAUACUUAUUACCACGAAUACUUCUGUUGCUACUUCUGCGCAACCACCUGGCUCACCCAUGUCCAAUGUUGACAAGCAAAAUUUCGGGACUCAAAACAAAACAGUAAUGCAAUCACCACAGCAACCACAGCAGCAAUUACAACAAAUGCAACAGCAACACCAACAGGUCUUCAUUCAACAGAUGCAACAUAUCCAGCAACAGCAACUCCAGCAGCAGUAUCAACAGCAGCAGUCAGCCCAGCAACAAAUUCAGCCUAAACCAAUGAUGGCGGGAAUGGCCUUGCAACAGCAACAACAACAACAACAGCAGCAUCAGCAGCAGCAGCAAAACGUCGUUCUUGGAGGAGAGCGUCCGAUAAUGCCCGUGGUGUCCAUGGGAGGCGUUGGAGUUACGACCCUGCAGAUGAAUCAAGUUCAACAAUCACCGAUGGCAACUGUACAACAAUUGCAAUUACCGCAAACGAUAAAUACGGCUAUGAUGACGAAUCAAAUAGUAAAUGGAGGUACUCAAGUGCAAACGAUGUCGAUGUUGGCUCAGUCUACAGAACAAACUCAGCAACAAGCACCUCAACAACAGGACAACUCUCAAAUGAUGGUUACAUCCCCGGAACGCAAUCAACAAGAUUCGAGUAUCCUAAUAUCCCAGCUGAACGCUCCUGCUCCUGUUCCUGCGGAUGAUGCUUCAAAGUCCGCCCCUAAAAAGAAUGAUGCUUCAGUUACUGAAGAAACAGCCACUGCUAUGGAUACAUCUGAAGCAGAUCAAAGCAAACCUGGUACGAAAGAAGACUGCGAUAAUUCAGGGACAAAGGUUGAUGAGAAAUUGUCUAACAAUCCUUUGGCCAAUCUUGCAAGUGCUGUGAAUUCCUUUACGAAUGGAAUAAUCGGCAGUGAGGAACCUCCAGCUCCGAUAUCUUUACCGAUGAACGUUAAUAGCAAACAAGCACCACUUAAGGCGAUGGUAAAGCCUCAAGUUCUAACUCAUGUGAUCGAAGGAUUUGUUAUACAAGAAGCUUCAGAGCCCUUCGCUAUCAACCGGUCGUCUAUGAAUGGUUCCUUGAGUCAAGAGACGAACGCCAGUCGAAAUAAUGAUAAAGAUGGCUACGAAGAGCCUCCAAAAAAGAAACACGCGUCGAAUUAUCCCAAUGACGAAAAUGCGGAAAAUAUGCCGACCGGCAAGUGCGAAACUUGCGGAAAGCAACUUGACGAUCAGAAGUUCAAAAAAGACAAACGAUUUUGCUCAUCGAUAUGUGCAAAGAGUAAAAAGCGGGAAAUUCGGGAACGCGAGGCUGGAGAAAAACAAUGGACGGAAAUGGAAAUCGACGCGAAGAACAGCGAAAUGGAUGCGAUGAAAAAAAAUGGAGAGGACAAGUCGUUAACUACGAGCACAACUCCGAACUUGGACGAUUCAAUUCCAAAAAUAAAUCCUGUAAAAUGGACGGUGAACGAGGUAUGUGAUUUCAUUAGGAAUUUACCUGGCUGUGCGGAUUACGCGGAAGACUUUGCUAUUCAAGAAAUCGACGGACAGGCCUUGAUGCUACUCAAAGAGGAUCAUCUGAUGUCAGCAAUGAGCAUCAAAUUGGGCCCGGCUCUUAAAAUAGUCGCGAAAAUCGACUCGAUGAGGAUCGACUCGAUGUCUAGCACCAGCCCCGUCUCCAGCAACAACGUUUAAACUUUCAAAUAUGGGACUGUGCAAAAACUGUGAUGAAUCUUGAAGAUUUAUGGUUCAAACGUUAUAAAAACGCGGCAGGGUUGGAGAAUGUACAAUUGUUAAUAGUGUUAAUAAUCGAAAAUUGAAGUUCAAAGCUUUGUAAUUAGAUAUAUUCGCUUAGCAUUUCUUUUUCUUUUUUUGGACUGUAAUCGCACUCUUUCAAUAGAAACCAAUUUCGAGCUAAGAUGAGCGAACAUAUCUUGUAUUUCAAAUUCGAGGUUACUUGUCCGAUCGACUGUUGUCGAGAGAAAAGUUCAAAGCACUUGGCAAAUUCUAUUUUAUAUGCAUAGCUGUGUAUUGCAAACACUGUCAAGUCAGUAACGUAACGUGUGCGUCAGAUUUUUCGAACUGAGAGAACUGAGUCUAAGUCUACUUUGUAAGUAGAUGUAAGUGUACAUACUAUAAUGUGUAAGAUGUUUAUUUAAAUACAGAUUUUAUAGAGUACA